AUGCCCCCCAAGAAAGCUCUGUGUCACACAGACGCUGUGUGCACUCAAGGAGGCCAGGAGCUUUGUGGCUCCAGCCACAUGACAGCCUUGGUUGUAUGUGCAGAGGGCCAUGUAACCAAGACCAUGAACUAUCUUGAGAUGAGCCCUUCAAGUGUCUUGAAGACCGGACCAUAUGGUAGCUCUUUCAAACCCCACUCACUCAGCCCUGGUCGGAUAUUUUCCAAUGAGCCAUCCAAAGCCAAGCUGGACCCUUUUGGUGGUGCAUUGAGUCCAUGGGACUGGACCAAGAACCAGACAGCCAUGGAGCACUUCAAUCAGCGAGCCAAAAGGAAGCCCUCAAUGAAGGCAGGUCGUACCAAGAAGAUCUUUGGAUGGGGGGACUUUUAUUUCAACAUCAAGACCCUGAAGUUUAGCCUUCUUGUGACAGGCAAGAUUGUGGAUCACAUUAAUGGCACCUUCAGUGUCUAUUUCCGACACAACUCCUCCAGCCUGGGCAACGUCUCAGUGAGCAUUGUGCCACCCACCAAAGUUGUAGAAUUUGAUGUCUUGGUUCCCCCUAUCACCACCCAACAUCUCCACCCCCAGCAGUCCACCUUAGCUGAGCCGAAGGAAUUGAAGACUUUCAAUUGUCAUGUGGAGUAUGAGAAGACCAACCGGGCACGCAAGAAUAAGCCCUGCCUCUAUGAUCCAUCCAAGAUCUGUUUCACUGAGCAUACACAGAGCCAUGCAGCCUGGCUGUGUGCUAAACCGUUCAAGGUCAUCUGCAUUUUCAUCUCAUUCUUCAGCAUUGAUUACAAGCUGGUUCAGAAAGUCUGCCCAGACUAUAACUUCCAGAAUGAGAAUCCCUACUUUGGCUGAUGUGAGGAAUGGGCCUUUGAGGGAUGGGGAUGUGGGGAUGAAAUAGUUGUGAUUUUUAUCCAGCAGAGAGUCAGAAGAACUUUGGAUGACUGGGGAAGAAAAAUAUGAACUCCCUACCAUGCUGGACAGGA